GUCUUUAAGUGCAUGCGUGGAGUUCUGCUGCACCGGGUGGCUGAUAGGAGGGGUUGGAGUGAGUGACGCUGGCUGCGCCUUGAUGCUGAGCGGAGCGCUCACCUGCAGACGAGAGGAGCCGGGGAAAACUCGGGACAGAGCUGCAGCACACACUCACGGAGCGCAGGGUGAAACGCGGCGAACAGCCUGACCAAAGUGGGAGAGGAAAUCAAACAAUCACCGGGGAAGAAUCGCGGAGCGACCCUCUCUUCUUUUCUCUUUCUCCUGUUCCUUGUCCAGGCAGCUUUGACUCGCUUUUUACUCGUCACAAUGAGGACCGACUUCGCAGUGGUCCUGACAGCAGCUCUCCUUUUUGAUUCAAUUUGGAGGAAUAAUGGGGAGCACGCCUCCCAAGGUCCCUGUCGACCUGGCUUCUCGCAAAGCUUCUACUCCGUCCAGAUAUCGAGGGAUGUACUGCAAGGCCAGGGCGUACUUAAAGGUACUACAGUAUCACCGCAAAAAGUGAAGUUUGACGACUGCAUGGGGAAUGAAGCCGUGGUUUUCCAGAGCACCGACCCGGUCUUCAACGUCCGGACAGAUGGAUCCAUCUUUGCCAAGGGACAGGGAGCCGGCUUGGAUGAGACAGUUCAGUUUAAAGUGACAGCGCGUGGCCCUCACACAAAUGUCUGGGAGACUGUGGUUCAACUGACCCUGAUUGACCUGUCGUCAUCAGGGCAAAAUGAAAAUGAGGUCACAGAGGAAGCAGGGAACAUCAGUGAGCAAAACAAGAAGAAGGACGCGUCGCAGGCACCAACUCCUGUCAUCAUGUUCCCAGGGUCCCGCGUCAACAGCACCGGGGGUCUCCGAAGGCAGAAGAGAGACUGGGUGAUCCCACCAAUCAACGUGGCGGAAAAUUCUCGUGGACCAUUCCCUCAGAUGCUUGUCAGUAUUCGUUCUGACCAGGACCAGGACAUCUCAAUCCGAUACAGCAUUACCGGGGUGGGAGCGGAUCAACCACCCAAUGAGGUGUUCAGCAUCGACCCUGUGCUCGGAAAGAUGUUUGUCACCAAACCUCUGGAUCGAGAACAUCGAUCUUCUUAUCAUCUGCGGGCCCAUGCAGUGGACAUGAAUGGGAACCAGGUCGAGAACCCAAUUGAUCUGUACAUCUUCGUCAUCGACAUGAAUGACAACAGACCAGAGUUCAAAAACCAGGUCUACAAUGGUUCUGUGGAUGAAGGUUCUAAACCAGGAACUUACGUGAUGCAUCUAUCUGCAUUUGAUGCCGAUGACAACACCACGGCUAAUGGAAUGGUGCGCUAUCGGAUCCUGUCCCAGACACCGCACAGCCCCAUCCCUAACAUGUUCACCAUCAACAGUGAGACGGGAGACAUCAUGACAGUGGCGCCCGGACUCGACAGAGAGAAAGUGUCCCAGUACACCAUCAUUGUGCAAGCCACUGACAUGGAGGGAAACCUCAACUUUGGCCUUUCCAACACAGCCACUGCCAUCAUCACUGUCACGGACAUCAACGAUAACCCUCCCAUGCUGACCUCAAGAACUUUUUCUGGCGAGGUCCCAGAGAACACAGUGGAUGUUGCGGUGGCUAAUCUGACUGUUAUAGAUGCUGACCAGCCUCACUCUCCUAACUGGAACGCCAUUUACAGGAUCAUCAGUGGGGACCCAACUGGGCACUUUACCAUCCGCACCGAUCCCGUUUCCAACGACGGGAUGGUCACCGUGGUGAAGCCAGUCGAUUUCGAGAUGAACCGGGCCUUCAUGCUGACAGUGGUCGUGUCAAACCAGGCCCACCUGGCCAGCGGCAUCCAGUCUUCACUCCAGUCGACUGCUGGAGUCACCAUAUCUGUGAAGGACGUCAACGAGCCUCCUUACUUCCCCACCAACCCCAAGCAGAUCCGAUUCGAGGAAGGCGUUCCCACUGGCACCAGCCUGACCACUUUCUCGGCUUCAGAUCCUGACAGACUCCAGAUGCAACAGAUAAUCAGGUAUUCAAAGCUGAACGACCCGGCAAACUGGCUGUCUAUCAACAGAACCAGCGGUCAGAUUGUAACAACUGGAAUGCUCGACCGGGAGUCCGUCUACGUAAAAAACAACAUAUACGAAGCUACGUUUCUGGCUACAGACAAUGGCUCUCCUGAAGCCAGCGGCACAGGCACAUUGCAGAUCUAUUUGAUAGAUAUUAAUGACAACCCCCCGGCUCUCGUACCAAGGGAGUCUCAGAUCUGCGAAAGGAUGAACAAAAACGUCAAUGGUGUCAACAUCACUGCCGCCGAUGCUGACACGGAUCCCAACGCUGGACCCUUUGUCUUCGAGCUGCCCAACUUCCCCAGCAGCAUCCGACGCAACUGGACCAUUGCACGGAUCAGUGGUGAUUAUGCCCGUCUCGCUCUUCGGUACCAGGUCUACUUAGAACCAGGAAUGUACGAGGUCCCUAUCAUUGUGUCAGACUCUGGCAACCCUCCGUUGUCCAACAGGUCUGUCAUCAAAGUGAAGGUUUGUCCGUGCGAUGACAAUGGAGACUGUACCACACUUGGUGCUGUCGCGGCCGCUGGCCUGGGGACUGGAGCCAUCAUCUUCAUCCUCAUCUGCAUCAUCAUACUGCUGUGCAUGGUGCUGUUGUUUGUGGUGUGGAUCAAGCGCAGGGAGAAGGAGAGGCAGACGAAGCAGCUGCUGAUUGACCCCGAAGAUGACGUCCGAGACAACAUCCUCAAAUACGACGAGGAGGGCGGAGGAGAGGAGGAUCAAGACUACGACUUGAGCCAGCUGCAGCAGCCCGACUCUUUAGAACACAUCAUCAGCAAGCCGCCUGGCGUACGCAGAGUUGACGAGAGGCCCAUCAUCCCAGAGUCUCAGUACCCCAUCAGACCAGUUGUGCCCCAUCCUGGAGACAUUGGAGACUUUAUCCAUGAGGGUCUGCGGGCUGCAGACAAUGACCCCACGGCCCCUCCGUAUGAUUCCCUGCUCGUUUUUGACUAUGAGGGCAGCGGCUCCACUGCCGGCUCAGUCAGCUCCCUCAACUCCUCCAGCACAGGAGACCAGGACUAUGACUACCUCAACGACUGGGGACCCCGUUUUAAGAAGUUGGCUGACAUGUACGGGGGUGGGGAUGACGAUUAAGAAUCCGGCCCCAUCUCUCACAUAUAUAUACACACACACACACCUUCAACCCGUCAGCUGGCCUGCCAAGCUCUGUCUCCACAACACAGUGGGGCUAUUACACCCUUCUUGAACACACGUUAAAGAUGGCAUGUUCACACGGACCAACCAACCAAUCUAAUAACCCACCACAGAGGAUCAGUGCCGUGAGUCACUUCCAGGUGCUCUUCUCAACUGGCUCCUGCUCUAAGCCUGUCUAAGACUGUACCAGAAGCUCUGAUUUGCAGGCUUUGUGUCAUAUCUACGCUCAAACUCAUGUACUUUUUUUGUCACGUCAGUUUUUGAGUUGUGCACUUUGAUUAUUUUUUUAUUUUUUAUGUCUGGUUUUAUUUCAGUUUCUAUUGCCUUUGUUUUUGUCCUCAGUCUCGUUUGAUUCAGAAGAUUCCCUUUUUCCGGAGGGAUUUCACUUUUCCCUCUCCGUCAGCCCCCCGCCCGCCCGCCCGCCCGCCCGCCUGUCUGAAGGAGCUUUAGGUUGAGCUACAUGCUUUUUCUGAGGCAAACAAAAGUGAGAGAAAAGGUAACACAGGUAUGAAAGUCCUCUUUACAUGGAGGGUUCUGAUCCAUUCUUUCCUGAACUUGAAUUACUUAGAACAGAAGCACUGUUGUUUAAAAAAAAAAGUGCCUUCAGUGGUGGGUUUCUUUUAGCAGACUCCUGCUAACUCAGGAUUGGUUGCCAUUAUUUGGGCUAACAGGCCGUGACAUGACACCAGACCCUUUAAUUCAGAUCUCCCUCGUCAUUUCUCCCGUCCGGCAGGGCCGUGGUAUCAGCGGGAGAUGUCAGUGCUUGUUUUAGAGGGCGCUUCAAGUAGACAUACUGUACAUAGGCCUACAGUGUGUCUCUAGGCAACGGACAAAUCAUUAGGCUUUUUCAAGUCAGAUGUACCUGUGCCCCUAGAUCACAUUUAGCUUGACUGUGAUUGCUGAAAUCGCAGAUACAUGUAAAGAGGCUGUCUUACAGAAAAAAAAAAAAAAAAUCAUUGUGUCUUUGUUUCUUGUAGCAACAGCAGCUGUGUUUGUUUUGCUCUCAGUGUGUGAGAGAUUGGGCUCGUUACUAAUCAUAAAGGUUGACAAGCUAAAUGUCUUGUUUCUGCAAUGUUGCUGGGUGUGAAGUGCUUAAAGAGGUUAUUUAGGAGCUUGGCUUUAAGAUCAUCCAAUAUUUGCAUAUGUAAUCUUUCACCUUACAAUUAGCUGUACUUUGAAUUACUGUCUCUAAUUUUACCCAAAUUAGCCCAUCUUGCUUGUCCUAUAACUUUUUGACAUAAACAUUGAUACAGAAACUAGAGAUUCACAGUGAAAUGGUCCAAUUUUCAGCUUGUGCUCCUGACUUGUGAUGUAAUCAGUCAGAACUCACAAAAGCCUUAUACCUUUUCAGAUCAGUGGAUGUACCAUAUCAAACCACAGAAGUGGCAACACACUUAAUAUGUGGACGUUGUUACUUUGGGAAGAAGACUCAAAGUUUGCACCAGUGAGGGGUUUAAAAAUAAAAUCAGUGAAAGCACAGUAGGUGUAAGAAAAUUUAAAAAGGGAAAAGUGUGUUCUAUAAGGAUAUCAGGAUCAACUGUUCUUUCAGGUGACAUGUUGCUUCAUCACCAUCUAGAAUUUUUGCAGUUUUGUUUUCUUUUAUAUGCAGCUUUUAUUGGUUUAAAAUGAACAAUCCGCCACAAGAAAUUGAAAUUGGAGCUGAGUUCAGCAGAUAACAGGAAGGCUAAACAGAGAAAACCAAAAUGUCCAGUUUCAGCCACAUUGAUCAUGCUGGAUUUGGAAAUGUUGGCUUUUUUUGGCAAAUAUAUAAGAUUUAAAAUGGGAUUGAACAUUAUCUAGGGGUUACACUUGGGAUUGCUGUGUAGAGGUACAAUUGAUAACUGUUCCAAUCACAAACUUGAGCUGCUAAAGGACUUUUGAAAUGUCAACUCCCUUAUAAAUGUGUCUUUGUUUUAAAUUUGCAAAACCCAUCUCUCUGACACAAUGUGACAUCUCGUCUGCUUCUAGUACGUAGUUAAUGAGAAAUCAUGUCACUAAUAAUGUUAUGGCAGCUCUUACAAAGAUUCUUAAAUCUGCAUUGACAGUUCAUAGCUUUGCAAAAAACCCAACGUUGGUGCAUCUGUAACAGAAACUGGGGCAAAUAAGCAGCGGCAAACAGACUUAGCACUGUCACAAACCAGCUCUCUUUAGGCAGAGUUCCACUUAUUUAAAAUGUUAGUCUGAAAAUCCUGACAUUAAUUUAAGAGGUUUUACGAAAGGUAGAUUUGUGUGAAGCCCGUGUGCUUUAGUAAUGAGACUCUUCCUAACACAUUUGCUGUCUGCCAGCUGUCUCUAAGCUUUUGUAAACUUAAUUUGUGGCACAUCCGGGAUGUGCUGCAGGGACUGUUGUAGAUUGGUUAAACAUAGUUUGCUCAUUAAAGUUUUUGAAUAUGCAACACGUUUAAAAAAAGGUACAGGGAGAAACUGAUCCUUGAGAGCAUGAUUUGUUCAGGCAGGUUUGUAUUGUUUCUUACUGAUAACUCACCUGAAGGUCUACAAAGGUCAGCGGGUGUAAAGGAGCAAGCUUUUUCUAAUUAUUCCUUUCUUAAUCUGUCCAGAUUUUAUUCAACAAGAUUUAGAUAACAAUCAAACCACUCUGUUUUACAAAAUGUGACAAGGAAGCGGGCAUAAGCUCUUUGAGAUGCCUUGAGGAAAAAAUACCACAGUUUCAUGGUAUUAUAGUAUUUAGACAAAGAUUUAAAACCAAAGUGAUCAAAUUGCUUUUAUUUGAACAUUUUAAGUAGCUAAUGGUCUUGUUGCUGCAAAAUAACAUACUUCUAGUUACACUGAUACAAUACCAUAUUUUAUUUUGAUGCAUAGAUUAAACAUUUCAAUAAACAUGAAAUUAUUUUACUAGCAGUUUUUAGAUAAUUGUCUUAUCGCACAGAAUGUUAUACAUUUUUUCUAUUUUUUUUUUUUUAGAUGAACAGGAGUGUAACUAGCUGACAUUAGCUUCUUAAUUGAUCGGGCUAUCUGAUUGGUUAAAGUGUAAAGUUGGCUGUUUAGGUUAUUGCUGCUCAUAAUUUGUGAACUGUAGUUUAAAAACAGUGUUAUUUUUAAUAAAAUCGUCAUAGUUUCUCGCACCAUGAUUUGGCCUUUUGUGACUGGAAAUCUAUACAAAGAGUUGGCAUUUUAUUUGUUCUAAACAAGGGAAAAGGAUAGUAGCUGUUAUUCAGCCAGCUUCCCAGCAACAGGUGGAGGAGAGACAGCAAACACGGAAACAGUGCUCCGGUCACUUCCUCUCUCAUCUCUUUUAAAGGACCUUAAGGUAUAAACAGUAUAACAGAUCCUUUUAGCAGCUCUGAAACUGUUGCUUUGCAAACCCUUGAUAGCAGUAACCAGUGUGUAAAUUGAGUGAAAAUAGACUGGUAAGAAAAUAUGGAAAUGUUUGGCUGUAGAUACAAGUAGACAGAAAGUGGUGUGCAUCAUUUGACUUAAAAAA